UGAAUCAUUCCAUUCGAGGGGAGAAUCUUGAUCUCUUUAACACGAAAAGUCUACUGAAUCACAUCCUCGCCAUAGAUUCUCGCUGGAGAUCACUGUCUCCGUCGCCGCCAUAUUUUCAGUAGAGAGAGAGAGAGAGAGAGAGAGAGAGAGAGAGGGGAAGAUGAGGAGGCGAACGAUGUACGCAUGGGGAGUGCCGAUCAUAUGUUUCGUGGUGUUGAUGAUCGUCACUCCCGCGAUCCCUCAAUCGCAAGCCUACCACGAUUUCGCUGAUCAACGCGCCUUCUUCGGAAUUCCGAAUGCUCUGAAUGUCAUCUCUAACUUCCCCUUCCUCAUCGUCGGGCUUGUCGGUCUCGUUCUCUGCUAUUACCCCAAUUACUUCAUAUUCAGCCUGCGAGGUGAGAGAUUGGGAUGGUCUUGCCUUUUCAUUGGCGUGGCUGCUGUUGCAUUCGGUUCCUCUUACUACCAUCUCCACCCCGACGAUGCUGGCCUUGUCUGGGAUCGCCUUCCUAUGACUAUUGCUUUCACAUCCAUCAUGGCUAUAUUCGUUAUCGAAAGGAUCGAUGAGCAUAAGGGUACUGCUUCCAUUGCCCCUUUGCUUGUGGCUGGUCUCGUUAGCAUUUUGUACUGGAGGUUUUUUGAUGAUCUUCGGCCAUAUGCUUUAGUCCAGUUUGUCCCUUGCAUUGUCAUUCCACUGAUGGCUAUUCUCUUGCCUCCGAUGUAUACACAUUCCGCCUACUGGCUCUGGGCUGCAGGAUUUUAUCUCGUAGCCAAGGUGGAAGAAGCUGCCGAUAAACCCAUUUACCGCUGGACUCAUCAUACCAUAAGCGGGCACACUCUAAAGCAUUUGUGUGCUGCCAUGGUUCCGGUCUUCCUCACGCUAAUGCUUUCGAAGAGAAGUAUCGAAACCGAAAGGAUAAGCUUGAUCAAGGCAUGGAAGACCUCAUGGGGCAGGAUUAGAGGGAAGGGCUCGGAGUCUGAGAGCUAUGAAUAUGUUUACUCGAAUGUAGCUGUGGAUGAGCCUCAGUAGCUUGUGUCGGUCGAUAAUGAGAUAUAAGGUAAUAUAACAUAUUAUGCAUUUUAUGUUAUAGAAUAGUAAGAUAGGACCUAUAGCAUAUAGUGGAAUUUUAUAUAAAUUUAUACAUCUUUUUUUUUAUAUAAAAUAUAUAGAAUGUAAUAAAUUGAAGUCGAAUCCCUGAAUUUAACGAAAUCAAAUGAAGGGGAAAAAACUGUUUUAU